UCUUAUUCUUAUUCAUCUCAUGGCUUUGGCCUUGUUUAUCUUCUUCACUCUUCUCCUUCAUUCUUCUUCCGCCAAAUCUCCUUCUUCCUCUGAAAGUCCCUCCGAGGUGCUGGUAACAUAUGGAAGUGUUCUGAAGCUGAUGCAUGAGAAGACAAAAUGCCGUUUGCAUUCUCAAGACGUUCCAUAUGGUUCUGGCAGUGGACAACAAUCGGUUACUGGUAUCCCCACUGUCGAUGAUUCCAAUAGCUACUGGAUUGUUAAGCCUGAAAAAGGGAGUCCUGUCAAACAAGGUGAUACCAUUAAAAGUGGAACAAUUAUUAGAUUGCAGCACUUGGGAACAAGAAAAUGGCUUCACAGCCAUAUGCAUGCUUCCCCAAUUUCAAACAAUCUUGAGGUGAGUUGCUAUGGAGACGAUUCUGAAUCGGACAAAGGAGACAAUUGGAAGCUUCUAAUAGAAGGAAGUGGGAAGAAUUGGAAACAAGAUCAGAAGAUUCGGCUUCAACAUUUGGAAACUGGAGGCUAUCUACAUAGUCAUGAUAUGACAUACUCAUCAAGAAUUGUUGGGGGACACCAUGAGGUUUGUGGUGUUGGUGAGAAGAAUGCUAACAACAUUUGGUUGGCAGCAGAAGGUAUUUAACUUCCAAUAACUGAAACCAAAAAGAGAGAUAGUUGAUUUAUUUCAAUGCAUUCUACUAUGUACUAAUUUAAGAGUAACACAAAAUUUGGAGUUUGCACA